AUGGAGUCCUUUGCCACUCUCAAGCGUCGCACCACCGAGGUGCUACAGACCGUUCCGCAAGCACUGCCAAAGAAGUUUCCCAACAUGCCUAAUAUGCCCAACAUGCCUAAUAUGCCCAACAUGCCCAGCAUGCCUAAUAUGCCUAGCAUCCCCAAUAUGCCAAAUAUGCCCAACAUGCCAAAAGUUAGCCUGCCGUCCAUUUCAUCCAUUCCCGGCAUGGGCGGCGCGGCCACAGACAGGAACGCCAUCAAGGCCAGCUGGGAGCGCAUCUCGAUGGAUUCGCUCCCGCGCUCCAAUCACACACUCGACGUUGUCGGCAACACAGCCUACAUCUUUGGCGGCGACACAUCGUCCCUCGGCGGCGAGAUCACCAACGACAUGCACGCCGUCAUCCUGCCCAUGAGCGGCGCGAGCGCAGACUACUACACCAUCAAGGCCGUUGCCGCCCCAGUGGCAGUCGAGCACGCGCCGCAGGAGGAGGGCGUCACUCUGGCGGAACAGGACACGGAGACUACAGUCAAGGAGAAGGACCUCACAGAGAUUUCCCUCACUUCCCCGACAACGGAAACCGCGCCAGAGUUGCCCAUCAUCAACGAGCCAGCCGGCGACGACGCUGCCUCUGCCGUUGGUGAAGUACCUGACGAGCAGCCUCCUGCGCCACCCAGCCCCAGUAGAGCGGACAAGGGGAAAGCCGUCGCCGGCCCUGCGCCUCCAGCAGACAAGGUCCCACCGGCCCGGACAGGUCAUGCAUCCGCCGUCAUCGGCAGCCGCAUAUUCAUCUUUGGUGGAUCUGACAUCAACAACAAAACUCCCCUGGACGAACGUGGCCGCGUCUGGGCCUUCGACACAAGGACGCACGACUGGACCGCCCUGGACCCCAAGCCGGCGGCAUUGCCCGCCCCUCUCACGCCCCUCACGCUCACCACCGUCGCGCACCCGACCCACCCCUCCCCCCGGACCCAGCAUUGCGCUACGGCGACAGACAGGCCAGGGAAGCCGGGCGAGCACGGCCACAGCAGGCGCGAGGGCGGCGGCAGCUGGGGCUUCAACAAGCACGCCGGCCGACGGCCGAGCAACUGGCGUGAGUGGGCCGAGGGGGACAGCGCCGAGGUGGGGACGCCGCAGGCACCCAUCGUGGGCAACAUCGCCGCGGCAGCCGUGGACGAGGAGACGGACGGGUACGGCACCUUUUUCGUGCACGGCGGCGUGCUCGCCGACGGCACCCGGACCAACGACGUCUGGGCCUUUGACGUGCACACGCGAGUCUGGCAGCAGCUCCCCGACGCGCCGGGCACGGGUAUCGCAGGCGCCGCCAUCUGCGUGAGCAGAUCCCGCCUGUACAGGUUCGGUGGGGACAUUUCGGCGUUGGAGUACCUGGUGCUCGGCCUGGACACGUUUGACGACAAGUCGGCGCUGGGCGAGGAGGUCACCGUCACGGCCCGCAGUAGCUCGUGGAGGUCUCUCGGCGAAGAAUCGGACCAUACGGCCGAGGACGCGACGCAGCAGCCCUCUCCGGGCCCGCGAAUCGCCCACGGCAUGCGCGUCGUCGCGACCGGCGGCGGCCGCGAGUACAUAGUCGUCCUCCUGGGCGAGGGCCCCGAGGCGGGCCAGUUCUACGACGACGCCUGGGCCUACCAGGUCCCCGCCCACGGCAUGACCGCCGCGUCCGCUGUCGACAGGUUCAGCAAGGUGCUGCGCCGCAAGUCGGGCGAGGGCAGGUGGUACCGCGUUCAGGGGCGUGCGUUUGAUGAAGACGACGAGCGCGCCGCCUCCGGACCGGGACCGAGGGGCUGGGCUGGCAUCGCCGGGUUUGCGGACGAGAAUGCCAUUGUUGUCUGGGGCGGUGUGGACGAGUCUGGGAGGAAGUUGGGAGACGGGUGGAUUUUGAGAUUGGACUAG